CUCGUCGCUCCCAAAACAAGUGGGGCUUUCGAUGAACGAAGGUCUGUCGCUGGAGCUUGCCGCCACAAUGAGGGUGAUCAUUGUCAUGUCGGGGUGCGAACUGGCAACCGAAAUCACCCGCCAAGAGACCGUCCUGGAAAUCAAGCAGAGACUAGAACGGCUUCUCGGUUUCCCGACAUUCUCACAAUCUCUAGCCGUGUAUGGCUUGGAAUUAGUAGACGGCCUUGACAUGGAUGACUACCCUUGCAUCACUGAAGGCACCAAAAUCCACCUCACCGUCGAAGCCGCCAAUCAUCCUCCGUCUAACGGCUACAGCAAAAUGCGGGUCAUCGUGAAGUUCCCCACAAGGAAAAUCGACGUGGAAGUCGAUCAGACCGAGACGGUCCACAGCCUCAAGGAGAAGAUACACAUCCUGGAGGGCACUCCGAUCCCCAGGAUGUCACUCUUCUCCUCCGGGAGAGAACUCGAGGACGAUUUCUGGUCCCUGACCGAGUACGGUGUCAGGGAGUCCUCGGAAAUAGUCGUCUUCCUAAAGAACCUCAGCAAGCAGAGGCAUUUGCCCCCUAGUAGGAGGCUCAGCAUAGUGGUUCAGACUUCGUCGAGUCUGCUCAAUGCGGCCGCAAUUCCUCUGGAAAUGAAGGACUCAUGCACCGUGAGCGACCUGAGACAGGUAUUGCUGAGCCGCGAAAUUCUUCCAGCAGACGACUACAUCUUCGUACACAAACAGAGGCUGAUGCGCGGCGAUUGCAGCCUGCGUUGGCACGGCGUGGAGGACGGCGAGACGCUCUACGUGUUCAGAGGCACCGUGAUGCGCGGUUCCUUCUGAGCCCUGGCAACCGAGAAGUUCCUAUCCUUUAGAGGUCUACCAAAAACCGAAUCAACAGUAGUAUUCAUCUAGUUAGGAGUAUCAAUAGUCAAAGUAAGUUGUUCUGUGUGCAUUGAUAUAGCCAUUAUGCGUCGGUUUUCUGUUUUCUUUUACAUGUUAGCACUGCCCUUCUUUUAGGGUCA